CGUGUUGAGUUUCUAUCAGAGACUUGUGCUCCGUUCGUACGUGCAUUGUGGGUGGUGCGGUUGCGUUGCUUCAUAUAUUUUUUAAAAAACAAUUUCAACGCACAAAGUUAAAGCAGUGUUUUCUCCAUAUACGAGUUGACGUGUAUCAGUGCCGUUUAAAUCAACUAUCCUAAAAUGAUGUCCGAAUAUUGGAUUAUUUCGGCGCCGGGCGACAAGACGUGCCAACAGACGUUCGACACGAUGAACAACCUCACCAGCAAGCAGCAUAAUCUGUGCAGCAACUACAAGUUCCAUAUACCCGAUCUGAAGGUGGGCACCUUGGAUCAGCUGGUCGGCCUGUCCGACGAUCUGGGCAAACUGGACACGUAUGUGGAGCAAAUCACGCGCAAGGUGGCCAUGUACCUGGGCGAGGUGCUGGAGGAUCAGCGCGACAAGCUGCACGAGAACCUGCUGGCCAACAACACCGAACUACCGCAGUAUUUAACGCGUUUCCAAUGGGACAUGGCCAAGUAUCCGAUUAAGCAAUCGUUGCGCAACAUUGCCGACAUCAUUUCCAAGCAAAUUGGCCAAAUCGAUGGCGAUCUGAAGACCAAGUCGCAGGCCUACAACAAUCUGAAGGGCAAUCUACAGAACCUGGAGAAGAAGAAAACUGGCAGCUUGCUGACCCGCAACCUGGCGGAUUUGGUCAAGAAGGAGCACUUCAUAUUGGACUCGGAGUACCUGACCACGCUGCUGGUGAUUGUGCCAAAAACCAUGGCCAACGAUUGGUUAGCCAAUUAUGAGAAAAUCACGGACAUGAUUGUGCCGCGCUCGUCGCAGCUGAUCAAGGAGGAUCCCGACUAUUGCCUCUUCAAUGUGACGCUCUUCAAGAAGGUCACCGAAGAGUUCAAGCUGCAUGCACGCGAGCGCAAGUUCAUAGUGCGCGACUUUGUCUACAACGAGGAGGAGCUCGCCGCGGGCAAGAACGAGAUGACCAAGCUGAUGACCGACAAGAAGAAGCAGUUUGGCCCCUUGGUGCGCUGGCUGAAGGUGAACUUCAGCGAGGCCUUCUGCGCCUUGAUACACGUCAAAGCGCUGCGCGUUUUUGUGGAAUCCGUGCUGAGAUACGGCCUGCCGGUCAACUUCCAGGCCAUAUUGAUUGAGCCCAACAAGAAGAGCGUGAAGCGUCUGCGCGAUGUCCUCAAUCAGCUGUAUGGCCACUUGGACGGCGCAUCCGCUGGCGGACAAGUCAGCAGUGCUGAUAAUGUCGACAUACCCGGCUUGGGCUUUGGCCAGUCCGAAUACUAUCCCUAUGUGUUCUACAAGGUGAACAUCGAUAUGGUUGAGCAAACCAAGCUUUAAGAGGCCGCUCUCAUGCCUCUGCAUCGCACACACACACACACACACACACACACACAUCCACGCAAAAAUAAAUACAGCAAAAAUUAAUAAUUGAAUAUGCAAAUUAUAUUCAGCGGCAGAUCCCGAAAAAAGGGGCGCUGACUAAACUUAAAUCUAACCUGCUCAUUGAAUCCAAAAACAACUACAACAGCAACAGUUGCCACGCCUAUAUUAAAACACACGCAAACAAUUAAUAGUUAACUAUAAAUAUUUUUAGUCAUUGUUAUAUAAUUAUUGUUGUUAUUUAUGUUACGCGUUCAUACAAUUCCGUUUCAAGUUCAACUUAAAAAAACAUAAGUUUAAAUAAAAAACGCGCGUAAGAGAAGCUAAAGAAAAUUUCGAGAACAAUUUCAAGUCGCAAAACUAAUGCAAAAUACAUUAAAAGAAACUGCAUAAAAGUUUAUGUUUUUAUUUACGUUUGUUGUUCUGCUUCAGUUAUAAACAGUAUUUUUUGUUCUUUUUUGUUUUCUGGCCUUGUUUAAAACAAAUAUUAAUUGUGCUUUGUUCUUGCAAGAAAUACACACACAUAUUUAGUUAAUUGAUAAAGAAAAGCUUUCGUAAAUUGUCACUAAAUGAGCCAAUAAUAUUAUUAUUAAUACAAAUAAAUAUUUGAUUUACCUUUGAUUUUGUUUUUACCUGUCUUGUUUUUGUGCCUGUAACUAACCUAAAUUGCAUACUUCCCCCGACUUAACCAACUGUUAAACUAAAUUCAUAACUAUAAGCAUAAAUGGUGUCGCAAAUAGUUUGAUUUAACCAAAACAUAUUAAUGCAAUGAGAUUUCCUCUGCAAAUACAAAAACCCUAAAACGAAAGUAUUGUAUUUAUAAAUGUUGCCUAAAUAUCGAGAGUUUAU